UAUACCUGACACCUAGAUGAACACUUUACAGUUGGUUAUAUGACUGUAAGUCAUUCCCUUCAAAUGUUAUUGAAGUUAGAAACGUAUAUAACAAUGUCGUAUGUAACUUUAGAGACGGUCCCUUAAUUUCCGCAUAUCCGCGAAUAUCGAACCUCCAACGUCAAACCAACUUUAUGCCAGUAAAAGAGCGCCUCUGACAGAUAACUCCGCCAUUCCACCUUAAAUAAUCACUGUAAUGUUGAACGCGCAGUGUUUCCGGUCCACCUUAAGCGCCAACGCAGGCGUACAGCGGGGCUUCCGCUUCGUCCGCGGCCGGGCUCGAGCGGAGCAGAGAAGCGGAGCGCUUCUUUUUCUCUCUGCUUUUUUUUUUCUCUCCUUUUCACCGUCGCUUCAUCUGGAGACAAGCGGAGCAGCGCAACGAGGCCACGAAUCCUAACCGGAAACCCCCCUGGCUGCAGUGGCGUGCGCUGAGAAGAAACAAACAAACAAACAAACAAAACACAAACAAACAAACCAAUAUAUAUUUUUAACGAUGUCCGAACCGCGGUACCGAGAGUGGAUCCUGGAGACGAUCGACUCGCUGCGCUCGAGGAAAGCGCGACCGGACCUCGAGAGGAUCUGCCGGAUGGUGCGCAGGAGACACGGCUCCGACCCAGACCGCACGCGGGCCGAGCUCGAGAAGCUCAUUCAGGAGCAAACUGUGCUGAAAGUUAACUACAAGGGUUCUGUGUCGUACCGGAACGCCGCCAAAGUGCAACGGAAAUGCCGACGGAAGGUCGAGCAGGCGGGCGAGCGCACCAAACACGCCGCUUUCGACAACAGUGGCAGUAGUAGUAACGCCAAGAACGACGACAACAUCAGCGCGCGUAGUCCCGCGGACCGGGAGGAGCGCGAGCUGACGCCGUGCAGAGAUCCCUCACCCAGCAGCUGCUCGCGCUCCGCUGAAGAGAAACGGGAAGAAGAAGAAGAAGCUGUUUUGUCUCCUGCGACAGGCGGAAUCAGCAGUUUCGCGAGUUGCGACGGAAGAAACGACUCGAGUGACGCCUCAAGUCCUGCCGUUGGACGGGUCGAGGGAGGAGGAGAAGAGACGCGCUCUGUUGUCAGCCACGCGAGCACCAACCUACCCGAGUCCGAGCGGCGAACUUGCACGAGCGCUCGAAACAAUAAGCAACACGCGCCCCAACUCAGGGCUGCAAAGAGCGGCGUCAAAGCGGCGGAUCUGGGCGACCGGCUCGUGGCGGCCGUGUGGAGUCUGAGCGAGCGGAACAGCCGGGGUCACGCGUCGCUCGGGCUCAAAGAGAUCCUGGGCUACCUCGGCACGCAGGCCGCGCACGCGGACGGCGAGAAGCUGACCCGCCACCGCGUCAAAGUGGUGCUGGAGCGCGAGAUCGAGAAAGGUCGCCUGCGCAGGACGCGCCUCGGUCACAUCACCGUGCCUGCGAGGAGAUGGGGGGGGAGCACGGGGGCGACCAAGGCGUCCGCGCGACUCCCGGCGAACACGAACAGCGCGCCGCAGGACGGGCGCAUCUCAAAGCAGGAAGAAGUAAAGGAGGAGGAGUCGAUGGAGGUGGUAAGCGAGGAGGAUGGCAAGAUGGAGGAAGAAGCCGAGCCUCCGACACAGCUCGAGCCCCAGAGCACCAAACCUGAAGGAGAAGCAGACGUCAAAGUUCACGCACACACUCCACUUUCAGCUGCUGAGGAGGUGAAGGCGUGUGGUGUUACUCACACACCGGCCAUCGUGGAGGAGGAACUCCGGCCUUCACCGCAGUCAUCGCCAUCUAAACUGAGCUCCCUACAGGAAGCUGAACAGUGUGGCAAUGAAGUUGAAAUGGUGAUGCCGGGAGAGUUGAUUCACACAGAAAGUUUAACACAAGAUCAAAGAGAAGCCAUACCUGACCAAGUGACCACACUCAUACAGGAUGAAUCGGUUGUCGUCUCAGACAUUGUCGCGAUUCCACCCUCUAUUCCAGUUAAAAGCUAUUCAGUGUGUAAGGCUGAAGUGGGAGUGUCGUCCUGUCUGCUGACUCCAUCUGCCUCUCCAGGAGCAGCCGAAGAACGAGGGAUGAACGGAGGAGUUUUUGUAAAGUCAGAGUCCAGCAUCACAAAUCUGAUCGACUGGACGGUGGCAGACGUCGCAAGUUAUUUCACCGCGGCGGGAUUUCCAGAGCAGGCUCUCGCCUUUAGGAUGCAGGAAAUCGAUGGGAAAUCACUCCUCCUGAUGCAGCGCAAUGAUGUCCUGACCGGCCUGUCAAUCAGACUAGGCCCCGCCCUCAAGAUCUAUGAGCGCCAUGUGAAGGUUUUGCAGAGGACCCACUUCCAGGACGACGAAGCUUUCUGCUAAGACACGAACUCUCGGUUCCAUAGCGUGCACACGCUCAGAUUUCUCUCUUGCACACAAUGGAGCUUUCUACAGAGACACAAGCGACUCACAUACACACUUCUAAUGCACUCCAUACUGGAUUUUCCCUUCCCUGUUAACGGUGGAAUAUUCCAGAUGUUUGUCUUAACGAUACUAGCGCACACACUCGCACACGUUAUUAUCUCUUUCCAUUCCUAUGAGGACGAAGAACAUCCAGCGAAGCAUGAAGACGCUCCUGAGACAUCACUGCACACUACAGAGUGACAAAAACAAACGUUUCACUAAAGAUGGACCGAUCUUGUGUGUGCAGCUGAGAUGGAUGUGAUUCCUCGGCUCUUGAACUUUGACCUGCGAUCAAAUUCAACAGUCGAUUUCACAGAUGCGUGCACUGUCCAUUAGGGGCAGCAGAUGUCACACCAAAACAUGGACAUGUCUCCUAGUUGAUGAUGGCAUGUUUGAGGACUUCCUCAUAGGCUGAAAUCAGAUUUCGUGUGCAGGAUUUCACACCAACGCUGGACGUGUUUAGUCGGCUGAACAACGUUUUCUUUUUUUUCGAGCAAGAGCUCACCAAGAUCUUUUAGAACGGAUUGCUGAGUCACAGUUUCUGACCUACAUAUCUGCGGCACUGCAUCCCAGUCUUCCCUACGAGGUUUCAUAGCAAGUUCUAGAAUCUAUGCCAGAAAAUGAAAAUUUUUAUUGGAAUAUAUCAGAUUUUAGAACAGUUUCUAGACUCCUCCCAAGGACCAUUAGAAAGUUCUGGAUUCUGUAUCAGAAAAUGAAUUGUAGAAUCUGUCAGAUUCUAGAACCGGUUUUAUAGCCUCCCAAAGUUCCAUAGAACAUCCUAGAUCCUGGAUUCUGUAUAAGAAGUGUAAACUAUAUAGCCAAAGGUUUGUCUGCCCCUGACCAUCACACCCAUAUGUGCUUGUUGAACAUCACAUUCCAGAUUUACUCCCCCUAUGAUGUUAUAAUAAGCUCCACUCUUAUUGGAAGGCUUUCCACUAGAUUUUGGGGUGUGGCUAUGGGGAUUUGUGUUCAUUCAGUUGCAAGAGCUUUAGUGACGUUGAGGUCAGGCGCUGAUGUUGAGGACUGAGAUGGUCUGGGGUGCAGUUGGUGUUCAGGUUCAUCCCAAAGGUGUUCAGUGGGGUUGAGGUCAGGGCUCUGUGCAGGACACUCGAGUUCUCCUACCUUCUUCUAAUCUUCACACAUCAUUUCUUCAUGGAGCUCACUUUGUGCACAUGGGCAUCGUCAUGCUGGAACAGUGUUUGGGAAACUGUAAUUCUACAGAAUACAAAGACACUGUAUACAACUUUGUGCUUCCAACUUUAUGGCAACAGUUUGAGGAAGAACCAAAUAUGGGUGUGACAGUCAGGGGUUCAAAUACUUUUGGCCAUAUAGUGUAGCUUACAAAAUGGAACUCCCUUUAAAAAUGCUAAGCAGUGCGAUAAUGCUUAGUGUGCUAUAAAUUUCCAUUCAGAGCCGGAGUCCACCAGCAAAAUCACAUGGACUAGAAAUCAUUGCUGCAGACGGUUGUGCUUUGUACAUAUGUAAAUGUGACGUGAAUUCCACCUGUUCAAAUUAGGAAUUAAUGAUGGACUCCUCACCAGCAAUUCCAUCCCUCACAAAAACACAGAUGGUGUUCAGAAAGUGUUUUGUAGCUGGAGUGUUGAUCUAUGGCAUGUUUUCGGCAACCAAGGUCACUCGAACAAGUCGAGAACCAACAAGUGGAUUUGUGGGUUAGCAAGCUGACUUCAGACUUGUACUUGGGUUAAUGUGGAACUUGCGUCCUUUUCCAUUCAAGUGAACUGGACUUUGGUGUCGACAAAUUCCAUUCGACAGAAGUUCUCCGCUCGUUUUUAUGAGCUACAAGUAAUCGCAACAUGUUUGUUGUGGCUAUAAAAUAACUGCGAUUUUACUGUGGUCAUCACAGGCCCAAACUCUACACCAGUUUUGGGCCUGCAUAUGUGAUGAUGUUUGGUGUGCGGUGACACACAUGAUUCACCUUUCGUAGUGUCUGGAGUGAACAGUGUUGGAGGUGGACACACUGCUCGGUUCCGCUGACAUGCUGAUGAUCCGUGGGUUUUGUGAGCGUUUUUAAAAAACCUGUGGGUCAUAUUUUAUUUGACAUUCCAUUUAAGACUCUUUGCUGAUGAAAUGGCUGUUGUUACAUUUUAUUGAUGGGGCAUUUCAUAAGCAUCCUUCUUCUAUACCCAAAACUGUAAUAUGUGUGAAUAAGUAAAUACUAUUAAUAACAAUAAUACUAUUGUUAAUAUUGUAGUUGACGGUUUACCAACAAGCGACGUUAGUCGCCGUAAUUUUGAUGUAGAUAUCCGAUCGUGAUCUUACAGUGUUAUUAGUUGUAAAUGAGUGUAUUGCAAGUCGCCUAUGAAGUGCUCUAUAAAUAAAAUGUCGGUGAAGAACUGCAAUAACAUUCUCAAUCAUUCAAACAAAUUCUCUGAUUAAGGGUGGGCAAUAUGGGAAACAUGGUAAUAUCACGAUAAUUGAAGGCUUUCUCACGUAUCGUGUGUAUAUAUUUCCUAUUUCUGAGGUUUUCCAAAGAAAAAAAUAGUUCAAGUAAAGAAAAGAAUGUACAAAGCACUAAAAAUUACAUGGGAAAAUACAGAAGUUUGAUUUUUCCUUUCAGUGUUUACAAAAAGAAACUAGGAUUGACUUGCCAUAACGCUCAGCAUAAAAUACCGACUUUGAUUACACAAUUAUUACAAAAUAAACAGCUGGGCUAAUGCUAGCUAACUAGCUAUCUUGGCGGAAAACAUAGAUGAUGUUUUUAAUGACAUGUCAGCUAGCUUGCGAUAGCUAUUAGAGAGAUAAUGUUAAAGUUAGCAAAAAUAAUUGCGUAGCUGGUUAAUGUUAGCGCCAUGCUACAUUUAUGUAGCUUGCUAGUUUAAAUAAUGUUGCUUAACUAUUACAUUGUGUAAUUAAGACCAGUAUUUCAUGCUAAGCCCUGACUGAUUGCAUGACACAAAUCGGGGUGUGCUAAUUUAUCGCAAUAACAAUACCAUGUUGUCAUAUCGUCCACCUCAAACACAGAUACAAUCUGUGAGAGUUCAAAGGGAAAAUGUCGACCAUCUUUGUUUUCUGAUUUUUUUUUUUUAAGAGGCCCUGACAGCUGUGUGUAACUGUUUCAACAGUAACUGUUAUUUAUUACUUCAUAUUUUUUUUUUAUAAAUCUUCCUUUUGUGUGGUCUUGUCGAGUUGAAUACAUCAUGAUGCGUAUAGUCUUUGACGUGCCCUGUGUGUAUGUGAUCAUAUAAAGUCCACUAUUUCAUUAUUCGACCAUUAUCCAUCAUUCUUUGUUAGCAGGAAUUGUACACGGUGUGUUUUUAUAGACUGAAAGCAGUAGAAAAGGUGAUGUGAUGCAUUAAGUGAAGUCCAUAUUAAGAGACCAAAGUAACACUGUGUGUUAGGAGUGUACUUGUGAUACUGUCUUGAAUUAACUGUGUAUGCCAGCUUAAGUAAAUUAAAUGGUGUGUGAGGUGGACAUUCGUGUAGAUUUCAGUGUCAUACACAUCAGAAAUCGGACUUUAAUGAGCAUCGUCUAAGGAAAAGAUUUAAAAGAAUAGUUUACUAAACAGUUCGUGACAUUUUAAGACUUGACUGUGUGUUAAUGUGGCAACUUAUAAAGAUCAAUUUGGCUAUCCUAAACUACAGCUGCCCAGAGAUACCGUGCAUUUUAUUUUUCUGUCUUGACAUCUUGUAAUCCUGAGAAAACAACUUAAUGUGUAAUGAUUAGAUGUGUAAGGCUGAAGAGUUAAAAUACAGUCAGCUACUUUAGCUACCAUUGUUUGUUUUUAGGUGGCUUAUUCCACAACUAUAUGACCGUCGAGAGAAAUUUUAAGAAAUGCGGGUUGUUCGACAGCUGUUUAAUUGUUGCUACAUCUUUGGAUGUGCUCUUUAAAUACAGUAAUGCAUUUAUUGACUCAAUAAUGACUUAAAAACAUUGAGUGAAGAUCUUGAGAUAAUGCAACAAAUCACAAUAAUAAUUGUUAUUAUGUAAUAAUACCAAUAGUAUCAAUUAUUAUGUAAUAAUAUUAUAAACAACAACAACAAUAAUAAUAAAAACGAAAGGUCUCACGGAAUUUCUCUGAGAUAAAUACCGAAAUGUCCAUCAUUUUUUUUGUAUGCAUUGUCACACACCAUAGCUAAACCCUUUUGUGUGAACGCAGCUCUUGACUGUUAAUCUGUUGUUGUUGUUGUGUUUUGUUUUAUUUUUGCACUAUAACAGCUCUUCAGUGCUGUGUGUUUGUGGUAGGGUGUGUAAGAUGUUCUCAUUAACUUGUCCCAGGAACAAGACAGUGAUGAAUGUGCACAUCAGUUUGAUCACAUGUCCGAAGUAGGUCCCACAUUUCUAUGCAUCAAGGCUUCAUGUCACUGAGGCCUUUUACUCGUUCUCAUGCUGCUCUGUACCGUGUUUGGGUUUGUUGUGUCUGUAGGUUUAUACCUCAUCUGUGCGAUGUUCCAUGGGUUAUUAAUUGUCGGUUGUUACUUUUGUUAAGAAGGAAAAGUCAUUUUAAUUAAAAGCAAAAAUACACCUGUGUGUUUGGGUUUGUUGUAAAAAAAAAAAAAAAAAAAAAAAAAAUUAUUAAAAUACGCUACUGUGGUAUGAGGUGUUCCAACCUUCAUCAAAAAGAGACUCUGAUUAGCUCUGUUAGCUAGCUAGCAAUAAUCACCUAAGGUAACUUUAGCUAGCAGUAGCCUUCUGUGGUAACAUUAAACAAAUUUACAUAAUCUCUUGAGGUAACUUUAUAAUAACCUCCUGUUGUAACUUCAGCUUUAAUAGUAACUUCCUGUG